AUGGGCUCCGUAGUCCUCCCCCACCUCCGCACAGGCUGGCACGUCGACCAAGCGAUCCUCUCGGAAGAAGACCGACUAGUCUGCAUCCGCUUCGGUCGCGACUCCGACCCGGACUGCAUGCGACAAGACGAAGUACUCUACAAGAUCGCCGACCGCGUGAAGAACUUCGCCGCGCUAUACGUAUGCGAUCUCGACGAGGUGCCGGACUUCAAGGCCAUGUACGAGCUGUACGAUCCGUGCACGGUCAUGUUCUUCUUCCGCAAUAAACACAUGAUGUGCGAUUUUGGCACGGGGAAUAAUAAUAAAUUGAACUGGGUGCUGGAGGAUAAACAGGAGUUGAUUGAUAUUGUGGAGACUAUUUAUCGUGGGGCGAAGAAGGGGAGGGGGUUGGUGGUUAGUCCGAAGGAUUAUUCGACGAGGUAUCGGUAUUAG